AUGACUCAAAGGAGCCUCCAGUCUAUUUCCCUCGCUGAGUCUGAUGACUCAGUAGGUUUGUACGAAGAUGAUAGCGUGUUUGACAGCGACAACGAUCACACCUCAGACAUAGAUACCAAUCUCAGCGAGGCCAGCGAUAUUGACCUUGAGUUGAAUGAUACAGCAUGUCCUCCAGGUGGAAGUGAUUUACCUCCGGAGUUCUUUCUCCGCAUGGAAGAUGACUUCAAGGAAGAGGACGCAGAUGACACUGCGUAUGCUGAUGGCACAACUCGACAACUCGAUGCAAUUGAACGGCGGUGGAAUACUUACUGUGAAUACACCAAGCAAGACCCUAAACACUGCAUGCAGCAAAUCUCCUUAAGUAAGAUUAAUGCAUUCUUUCAUUGGCUCUUUGCCCAGAAAACGGGGGCUAGGGGAAGGAGGCUCCCUGGUAUAAGAUCUUCCCAUUCGCUUAAGCAGUAUUGGAAGGAGUUUCGGCUUGUAUACGAGAGAGAGACUAAGAAAAAGAUCGACCCGGUUCUAAACCGGAGGAUGCGUAGAAUCCUUCGGCAACUCGUUGUCGAUCACGGUUUGACAGGAGAGCGACGCGAAAACCGAUGCAUGACUAUCGAGGAUCUUAAGCGGCAAGCAGAAACAACUAUUAGCACGACUAAACAAAGGUUCCACCUUGGCGAGCAUCGCAUCUAUGCUCUUUUGUUCCUCCUUCUCAUCGCACCAAGUGGCUCUAGACCUAGAGCCCUCCUUUUCCUAAGAUUCGGUGACCUCGAGCUUUCUUUGGCGCGUGAUCCCCUCGGUGGCCCGCACCGUAUUCUUAUUCGCUUUAGGCUUCGCUUCACGAAGACUUUUCUCGGAGAAAAAGAAACCAAUGUCUUGACUCUUCCCGAGACUAUCUUUGACUCGAGCUUGCUACUCAGUCCACAUACUCUUCUUCUGGGUCUUUUAUUCCAUCAUAGGGCAUUUGAUGCUCCAACUCUCACUUCUCCUGAGCAUUUGAGCAAGCUUGAUAUCCACCCUGAUGAGCACGAGUUACCUCUGCCACUUAAGCAGAGUAUGAAUGACAUAUUCGUCUUUCGCAGGGCCACUAAGACAGGCAUGAACGCAUACGUAUUAUCUACAAACGAACAGAUUACGUACAAUAUGAUUUCCGGUUGGACAAAGAAGCUUGGCGAACUAGCUGGGUUUGGCGUUGUUGUGAUCUUAUAUACGCUCCGUUACAACGCAGGCAACGAGUUUGACCAAUGCUCGAAUAUCAGCGAUGGACUUCGCAACCUAAUGCUUCAACACGCCAACUCUAGGACUUUCGAGAAGCAUUACCUCGGCCGUGUUGUCCCUGUGGAUACUAUGGCCGUUGUAAGCCAUAAAGUGCAGCAAAAAGCGCUAAUGCGUCAAGCCUGCAGUAUCGGGUACUCAGCCAGCAAGCGACGGCCUACCCAUCUCACUGCUGAGCAGUCUGCAAGUAUUAAUGAUGAUCCAAAGAUUCAGGAACUCCUUGGACAGCGUAAAUACCUUGUCUCUAAAGGCAAUAAGUCGGAGAAAGUUCGCGCCCGCCUAACGAAGAUUACUAAGGAUAUCCAAAGCGAGAAGGCGCGUCUGCGCAGAAAACGCAAAGACCAGAUCAGAAACACUUGGUCCCGGGAACAGGCUGUAACCGAUAUCGAGCGACAAUUAGCUGGCAAGACAUUUGAGGAGCCACCAAUGCCGCCAUCAGAUGACGAUGCUCAUCCAGCCCAGAAACGCCUAUACGAAGCCUUAAUGGCCCCAGUGACCAACACAAUCGAGUCCGAAUAUUGUCGCCGUAACGAAGCGAUUCUCAAUGUCAUGUCUUACUGUUCUGUCCAAGAACCACCCUUGCCUCCUUUAACAAGAUACAAAGCGGUUACAUCUAAGGAAGAUGUCUCUAAGCUGCAUGAUAAAACCGCCAAGAAGACUGCAGGCAGCGCCUUAGGUGAUGCAAUAACUUCAGUCUUUGUCAAAAACGGGACGGAGCGAAGUCGGAGGUGCUUUCUCUGUGUUGGUAGGGCCACUACUCUUGAGCUUUCCGAUCCAGCUAUCGAUGGCCUAAUCAAGCCUUUCUACUCAACGGGGGAUUUGAGCAGGCACUUCAAACGGCGUCAUCUUUCUAAUCUUCAGCCACACGAAGAGCUCCAUUGCCGCCUGUGUGAUGAGACGUUAGAUCAUAAGAUGCACUUGCAAAACCAUGCCGAGACAGUACACGGGACUGUAUCACAUGGAGAUUGA